AUAACUUUCCAAAAGCCAUUGCAGCAGCUCAUACAUUUCUGCUGAAGCACCCAAAUGACGAGAUGAUGCAGAGGAAUAUGGCUUAUUACAAGAGCAUGCCUGAUGCCGAGGAACAUAUUAAAGACUUGGAGACAAAGCCAUAUGAGACUCUCUUUGUCAGGGCUGUGAGGGCAUACAAUGGGGAUAACUGGAGGACCUCCAUCUCUGAUAUGGAGCUGGCACUUCCCGAUUUCUUCAAAGCCUAUGAUGACUGCCUUGCAGCCUGUGAAGGCUCCCGGGAGAUCAAAGAUUUUAAAGAUUUUUAUCUUUCAGUAGCAGAUCACUACAUUGAAGUCCUUGAAUGCAAACUGCAGUGUGAAAUCAACCUGACGCCGGUCAUAGGAGGCUUUGUUGUGGAGAAGUUUGUGGCAACCAUGUACCAUUACUUACAGUUUGCCUAUUAUAAAUUGAAUGACAUGAAGAAUGCAGCCCCUUGUGUUGCUAGCUACAUGCUCUUCGACCAGAAAGAUGAAGUGAUGAAACAGAACAUGGUCUACUAUCAAUACCAUAAAGACAAAUGGGGACUCACAGAGGAAGAUUUCCAACCCAGGCCAGAAGCAGUUCGAUAUUAUAACAUAACCACACUUCAGACGGAAAUGUAUGAAUUUGCAAAGCAGCAUAUAAUGGAUGAUGAUGAGGGUGAAGUUGUGGAAUUCCUUGAUGAACUCCUUGAAGUGGAUGAAAAGAGUGAAUCCUGAUGAACAAAAACAAGGCAUAGUUUAAAAAAAAAA